GGGGUGUGCGGGGUGCGCGGGGUGCGCAGUGUGAGCAGGAGCACUGGAUCUGCCGCGCCGUCGGGGCAGGGUUGUGGCUGUGAGUCUUGGAGAUUGUGUCUCCUUCAGUGUUGUGGGGCAAGGUAAACCGCUCAGGGGCACCACCGUUUGCUCCUCUGGCAGUCAGGGGCCCAGGUUGGGCCCUGCCUGGGCCAUAGAGAUAGAAGGCCUGGAGGGGUGUCCAGUACUGUGGGGCAGAAUUACUUACAAGAUGUGGCCCUAUGGCUUUGGGUGACAGAUGGGCAUUCUAAGCAGGGUACAAUACGCUGAGUGCGGAGUUUGUUCGUUGUGAGGUUGUAUGUAUAUUUUCCAUUAGCCUGUGUUUUCUUGCACGUAUGUCUUGUGCUGCACAUAUGAACUGUUUAUGUUUGCUUGUUCUCUGCAUAGCUGGCAUGGUGUACUUCUUAUGGAAGGCUCCUGAAUGCAGGGUGUAUGUGCCCAUUUGGAAGGGGCAGUUGUGUACCUUUGAGUUAAGGUAUCACAUCUGGGUGUUGUUUCUGUGGUCCUGCCAAGGUGUGGUCCACUUGUGGUGAGGACAGACUGAUGGAUGGGUUUGUGUGUUUGUACGGAGUGAGUUGCAUGGGGGCCACACAUCUAGAACUCAGAUCCCAUGUAUCACAAGGGAAUUGAUUAAACCCCAGGGUGUGUCUCUGGUUCCUGUGGGUCAGCUGGCAUUGGUAUGAAAGGUUCUGGGUGGGAUGUGCAAGUUGUGUUUAUGGCAUCAUGGGCAGCCAAGCAAAAGGAAGGUUGUGUGUUUGCAACAUUCUCUGCGGGAUUCUUUUGUGACGUUGUUUGUGGGAGCCUGUCCGAGCUGAGCUGUUGGGCUGGGAGGCAAGCUGGUCAGAAAACACUUGUGGGGAGGGAGGUGGCGUGACAAGGGCAAUAUGGGCCUCAAACCCAAGAGACCAGCCACAAGCUGUGUGUGAGUGCCUACCUUCUAUAUGCUUAAGUGGGGGUGUGGGGCUGCAGAGGAGCUGUUAUGGGAAGACAGGGAGAUAAAUAUGGGGCAGACCAAGGGCAGCAGGCAGGAGGCAUGGGUGUUGUCAAGGUGGCACAUCUCUUGUAGGGUCUGUGUGCUUGCCGCUCACCCAGCCUGUCAGGGUCACUGAGAGGAGAGUCCUGGCGCCUGCAAGGGAAGUGAGCUUAGACAGUGUGGCUCCUUGGCCAUGUUUAUGUAAAGACCGGGUGUGACUUUUGUCACUAAAAUGGAAAAAAGAAACAUGAAGUUUUCAGUCUCCUCCUCCUACUUUGCCCUCUCCCUCUCUCUGCCCCCCUUGCGGGUAUCUGUGACGCACACUGGGCCCCACUCUUGUGACUGGAGGAAGGUAGAAGGGCCUUGAACGGAAUUUGCUCACUAGGCAGAUUCCUUAGAACAGGUUUUCCUCACCUUUGGGGCCUGGGCCUUCUGUAGGGGCAUGUGUAUGCACAUGGAUGCAUGCUCUAGUUGUGCAUGACACUGUGUACUUCUCUUGGCCUGCGGGAGGGCAUAUAUACGGAAGGAGAGCAUUGUGGCUGGAUCCUUCAGUCUGGGGAUGGGGAGGGGGCUGGCUGCUGUGUGAAGCCUGCGGGACAGGUGCAAAACAGAAGCCCUGCACUGGAACUAAAGAGUUCUGUGGCUCUGUGACUUACUGGCACUUUGCCUAAGUGAGCCUCAGUUCCACAUCUGUAAAACCGCCCUAAUUUUAUGUUCUACCUACCACUGACCUGGGAAACAGACCUGGACUGUUAGCUUCAGUUUGGGGGCUGUGCCUGUGCCAGGUCCUGUUGGCCCUCUGUCAGCACUGAGAAUCCCCUUCCGGUUUCACUAAUAGCAAUGGCUGUAAACACUUGGUCAACACUAACUGAGUAUUGGACACCAUUCUUGGUGCCUUUUCUUACUGUUACUCAUUUAGUCCUCACAGUAGGUACUCUGAUUACCUCCCUUUUUCAGGUAAGGCAAUUGAGGCCCAGAGAAGUUAGUAAUUUGUCCAAAGUCACUUAGCUAAUAAAAGUUAAAACUAUAUUUGAACCCAAGCAGUCAAGUUCCAGAUCCUGUGUUCUUAAUUGCUGUGCUCUGAUGCCUUCCUGGAGUAUUCAGUGGACCUCUCUGCACGCACACACACAUGCACACACACAUACACUUCUCCUCAGUUUCAGCAUCUCACCAGGAAAGCAGUAUGCUUAGGUAGCAGCAGUAUGCUUAGGUAGCACUCUCAGGAAUCCCAGCCCAGUGCUUGAGACCCUAAAGAUCUGCUACUAUAUAACAUGGGUGCUGGCCAGAGGGGCACAAAAUGUUAGUAAGUCAGAGGAAAGAAAGGUUGUCCUUGUCCUGUGGGUCAUAGAGGGCCAAAAAAAAGAUAGUACAUUUGAUCUUAACAUUUUGGAGGAAUGUUGAGAAGAAAUUACUGAGAGGGCAUUGCUGGCAGGAGACUCAGCAGAGGCAAAGGCACAGAGGUGGAACAUGUAGAGGUUGGAGAGCAUACUGGGUGUUUAAAGAGAGAAUAACACAGGCAAGAUUAAGGGGAGCUUGGAGCUAGACCAGAGCCCUUGAGUACUUGGUGGAGGAGUUUGAACUUUAUUCUUAAGUCAGUGGGGACUAUAGACAGUUUUUGAACCUAGCUGUGUUAGUACCUGAACUGCCAGUAGGAACACUGCCUCCAUGGGAAGGAAGCUGGAUGGGAAAGGUGAGCCUAAAGAGGGAAAGCUGGGAGGCCUUGGCCUUGGACCAUGUAAGUGUUAACAAGGACCUGUUUGGGGGCCAAAGGCGGGUUGAGAGAAAACUUGCAAAGCCAUUCCCAAGCUCAGCCGCAGUUUCAGCCAGACUUGGUGACUGCUGGAUUUGGGAGCGAGGGAAAGGGUGGAGUCAGACAUGACACAUUUAGCACUUAGCACGUGAGACCUUGUGUGGUGAUUUAUGUAACCAGCUGGCCUGCCGUAGGCCCCUUCAGGACAGGAUCCAGCAGAAUGACAGAUGCAAAGAUUUAACAUCUGGGGUCUGCCCAGCCUGAAUUCAAAUCUUGACUCUGCUAUUUUCAAGCUGUGUGACCUUGAUCAAGGGCUGAGUUUCAAGACAAGGCACAGACAACUUUGGUAUCCACAGGAAAUUGAUUCCAGGGCUCAUCACAGAUAUGACAUCCUUGGAUGCUCAAGUCCCUUCAUAAAAUGGCAUAAUAUUUGUAUCUAACCUAUGUAUAUUUUAAAUUAUCUCUACAUAUAGUAUAUAACACCAUGUAAAUGCUAUGUAAGUAGUCACUAUACUGUACUUAGGGAACAAUGAUAAGAAAAAUAAAGUCUGUACACAUAUAGUUUUUUUUUUCCUUAAUAUUUUCAAUCCUCUUUUGGUUGAAUCUGCCACUUACUAAUUCAUUUAAUCUUUUCAACAACCCCACAAGUGGGAGCUAUUAAUCAUCUUUGCCUUAUAGUUAAGGAAACUUAGAUAUAGAGAGUUUAAUGACUUAUGCAUGAUCACAUAGGUAGUGUCUUCUCCACCCCCGCUCCCCGACCCAUAAACCCUUGCAGGACAGUGGCCAGCAAUGAGGCAGUUGAACUCAGGAAAGCUGAAUCCAAACCCCAGCUUGGAUUCAACUUUCCUGAGUUAGCCUGUUAGCAACAAGACCAGGAGCAGGGGGGCUGAGGCUAGAAAAUAUUCUUAGCAUGCACAAGGCCCUGGUUCAAUCCCUAGCACUGCCAAAAACCAGGGGCAAAUCACUGCAUCACUAUAUUUCCUGGACCUGAAAUGAUUUUAGAGUGUUGAAAUUCUCUACACUGUGGUCAUUUUGGAUAUUGAUAUGAUGCAGAUAAAAUCUUUGGCACUAUAUUUUGCACAUAAAUAUUUAUAAAUGGCAGCUACAAAGACCAUAAUGACUGCAAUUCUAGAUGAUCUCUAAGGGCCAGUCCAGCUUUGAGCCUCUAUGGUUUUAAGAAGCCCUAACAGGCCUUGUCCAAGUGUCAAGGCAAUCAGCAUACAGCUGCUUGUCUGCAGGCACCAAGCCUCCCAUGGAUGGUUGUGCAGGUGAGCAGGGCUGGCCAUGGGUGAAUGGGGAUUGGAAUUAAACUCUUGACUUCUGCUCACCUAGAAGAAGGGGACACAAACACUCCAGGUGGACUAGUGGCAUCCCAGUAGGAGCUGUAAACAUGCCCUUCAUCAUGGUGUAGAGAAGUCAUCAGGAACACUGACUUUGAAGCCAAGUUUCCUGGGAUCAGUUCCCAGUCCAGCUACUGGUCGUAUAUCUACUUGGGCAAAUUACACAGUACAUCUGAGCCUCUGUCGCCUUAAAAUGAAUAAGCUGUCUGCCACCUUUCUGGGUAGCAAUGAGAAGCAAAUGAAAUAAUGCAAUAAAGUGCUGACUCUUGGGGUCCCAGUGGGCUGGGGGCUAUCAUGGAAGUUGGAAGUCUAAUCACAGCCCAUGGAUUCCCUAGGAUUCCCAACCUAUUCACAGCAUGAACAGAGUUCCUGGUCUGUGCCUGGCAGUCAGGAUUGUCAAAAUUUUUGAAUAGGGGCUAGGGUUAUAACUCAGUGGUAGAGCGCUGCCUAGCAUGUGUGAGGCUAUUCCAAAAGGAAUAGCAGGCAACCCAAAUGCACUGCAUAAAAAUAAAGAAAUAAAGGUUAAAAAUAAAAAAAAACCCAACUUUUGAAUAUCACCUCUGUUUACCCACCUUCCUUCUUGUUCAGGAGAGGAAUCAGAGCUGGCUUUUGCAGGAAAAUUUAAGAUACUGUGGGGAGAAGGCCUUUAAGUCCAGAUGGCAUGGGUAGUAAAUGGGAAAAGAACAUUUUGUGGGGGUUGGGGAUUGCAUGAGGAACUCCUGAGGCAGGCCACACAUGAGUAUGUGCGAUGUGGACAGGGCACUCAGAAGGAUGCCACCCUAUCCCACUAUCCAAGAGGCCAGAGUUCCCAGGCUGCCUGGAGGGCAGAUAAGAGAGACCUUUCAGGUCAACAGGUCUAAAUCUAUGGACAGGUCCCACUUGUUAUUCCCAGCUCUGUAUGACUUUGGAUAAGGCACUGAAACUCAGAUAUUCAAGUAAAAGAUGAGAAUUCAAGGCCCUAAACUACCCACGGGGGUGGGGAAGCAGCUGAGUUGCUAUCUGAGCUAGCAACUACCAAACUUGCUUUGGGGUUCCUGCUAUUCCUUUUGGUGGAGGCUUCUGGCAAAAGAUGAAGUAGAGGGGUCUUAUUUCCCCUGCUUUUUAAGCCCAAAUCCCUAGGCCAACAGGUCUCAUAAGAAGUGGGACCCAAGGCUCCCCACUCUUGGUCUGAUGGCCUUUGCAGUGCCCUUUAGAGACUGGAACAAACAGGCACUUGUCAGUGGUCUUUAGAGGUCACCUGGUACCCUAGCCAGAAACCCCUUCUAAGAUUUAUAGGGCUGGAAGCAUGUGAGGAGGCCAUCUCCUAAUUUGAAUACCUAGUAGCUUGGUCUAAUAAGAAAGCUUACAUAGACUAGGCCUGGUGGUGUGGUGCAAACCUGUAAUCCCAGCAACUCGGAAGACUGAGGCAGGAGGAUCACAGGCUCAAGACCAGUCUCAGAGCUGGGUGUGGUGGCACACACCUGUAAUCCCAGUGGAUCAGGAGGCUGAGACAGGAGGAUCAUGAGUUUAAAGCCAGCCUCAGCAACUUGAAGGAAGAGGCUGGGCAGAAGGGACUCACUGAGCCACCCCCCAGUCCGCUCCAUGCUGGCUGUGCUCUCAGGCUGGCGCCAUGCCCCCACCUGCAGAGGUGACGGACCCAUCCCAUGCCCCCGCCGUCUUGCGCCAGCUCAAUGAGCAGCGGCUCCGUGGCCUCUUCUGUGACGUCACCCUCAUAGCCGGAGACACCAAGUUCCCCGCUCACCGCAGCGUCCUGGCUGCCUCUAGUCCCUUCUUCAGAGAGGCCCUGCUAGCUUCAGCCCCACUGCCCCUCCCACCAGUUACUGGGGUCUCAGCUCCCAAUCCUGCAACCACCACAGCUGCCUCUUCUUCCUCUUCCUCCUCUUCUUCCUCUUCCUCCUCUUCUUCUUCUUCCUCUUCCCCCUCUUCUCCCCCUCCAGCCUCUCCCUCUGCUUUAUCUCCACCCCGGGUCCUUGAGCUUCCAGGGGUCCCAGCAGCUGCCUUCUCUGAUGUCCUCAACUUCAUCUAUAGUGCCCGGCUUGCACUCCCUGGUGGUGGAGGGGACGGGGCAGCUGUGGCAGAGAUUGGAGCUCUGGGGCGGCGUCUGGGCAUCUCCCGCCUGCAGGGCCUUGGGGAGGGUGGCGAUGCAUGGGUACCUCCCACCCCAGCCCCCAUGGCCACCUCACAGCCUGAAGAGGACAGUUUCGGGUCUGGGCCGAGGCCAGAUGGAGAAUGGGAGGGUGACAGGGCUGAUGCUCAGGCCCCUGACUCACAGCCCCCGCUGCCACGUCGGCCCCUCCCUUGCCCACGAUGUGGGAAAAGCUUCAUCCAUCCCAAGCGGCUACAGACCCAUGAGGCCCAGUGUCGACGAGGGGCCAGCACUCGGGGGUCUGCAGGGCUGGGAGCUGGGAGCUCUGGCCCUGGUGGUCCUGCAGGAGUGGAUGCCUCAGCCCUACCCCCACCAGUGGGCUUUCGAGGUGGCCCUGAGCACGUGGUGAAGGUGGUGGGUGGCCAUGUGCUGUACGUGUGCGCAGCCUGCGAGCGUUCCUACGUGACCCUGUCCAGCCUGAAGCGGCAUAGCAAUGUGCAUUCGUGGCGGAGGAAGUACCCGUGCCGCUACUGUGAGAAGGUGUUUGCCCUGGCUGAGUACCGCACCAAGCACGAGGUGUGGCAUACUGGGGAGCGCAGGUACCAGUGCAUCUUCUGCUGGGAGACCUUUGUCACCUAUUAUAACCUGAAGACCCACCAGCGAGCCUUCCAUGGCAUUAGCCCGGGCCUCCUAGCCAGUGAGAAGACACCCAAUGGAGGCUACAAGCCCAAGCUCAAUACCCUGAAGCUGUACCGCCUGCUCCCCAUGCGGGCAGCCAAGCGGCCCUACAAGACCUACAGCCAGGGAGCCCCUGAGGCCCCCCUUUCUCCAAGCCUCCACACACCGGCCCCUGUGGCAAUGCCAGCUAGCCCCCCAACCGGACCCCCACCUGCCCCAGAGCCUGGCCCACCACCCUCUGUCAUCACCUUUGCUCACCCAGCUCCUUCUGUCAUUGUCCAUGGGAGCAGCAGCAGUGGUGGUGCAGGGAGUGGGUCAGCCACCACAGGAGGGUCCCAGGCUGCCUCAGUAAUCACUUACACUGCUCCCCCAAGGCCCCCUAAGAAACGAGAGUACCCACCUCCUCCCCCUGAGCCCGCAGUAACACCCACCAGCCCGGCCACCACCUUGGUCAGCCCAGCCACAGCUGCAGGGCCAGCUACAGCUGCAGAGGAGGCCAAGAGCCGGAAUCCACGGGCUGGGAGGACUCUGACUUAUACAGCCAAGCCAGUGGGUGGGGUUGGUGGGGGUGGGGGUCCCCCCACAGGGCCUGGCCGGGGCCCCUCUCAGCUACAGGCUCCACCUCCACUGUGUCAGAUCACUGUGCGAAUUGGGGAAGAGGCCAUUGUCAAGCGCCGCAUCUCAGAAACUGAUCUUCGUCCUGGAGAGCUGAGUGGAGAGGAGAUGGAGGAGAGCGAGGAGGAGGAUGAAGAGGACGAGGAGGACGAGGACGAGGAGGAUGAUGAGGAAUCAAAGGCUGGUGGGGAGGACCAGCUCUGGAGGCCCUACUAUUCAUACAAGCCUAAGCGCAAGGCCGGAGCUGCCAAUGGUGGUGGUGGUGGAGGUAGUGGGAUAACCAGAGGACGACGGCCACCACGCUGGAGGCAAAAGCUAGAACGGAGGGGCUGGGAGGAGAACCCCACAGUGGAAAGCCCAGUCGGGCGUGUCCGUGGUGAGCGGAGGCACCGCUGUGGGGACUGUGCCCAGACCUUUGCCACCCUGAGGAAGCUGCGAAAGCACCAGGAGGCCCACAGUGGGGGCUCCCACAGCUCUCGGGCUGGACGGAGGCCUUCCACCCGCUUCACUUGUCCCCACUGCUCAAAGGUGUGCAAAACGGCAGCUGCCCUGAGCCGCCAUGGACAGAGGCAUGCUGCUGAGCGGCCCGGAGGCACCCCCACACCUGUCAUUGCCUAUUCUAAGGGCAGCACUGGCACCAGGCCUGGGGAUGUCAAGGAAGAGGCCCCACAGGAGAUGCAAGUGUCCUCAUCAAGUGGGGAGGCAGGUGGUGGGAAUGCUGCUGCUGAGGAAGCUUCUGAGAUGGCCUCACUCCAGGACCCUGUCAUCUCAGGGGGUGAGGAGCCCCCAGUAGCAGGAGGGGGCAGCUAUGCAUAUCCCCCUGUGCAGGAAUUUCCACUGGCUCUGAUAGGGAGUGGCCGGGAACCAAGUGGAGGCAGAGGAAAACCUGGGAGUGAGGGGCUAGUGGGUGUUUCCGAAGGGGACCGGAUAGAGGGGAUGGGGGCUGCCAAAGUCACCUUCUACCCUGAGCCCUAUCCGCUUGUCUAUGGCCCCCAGCUCCUUGCUGCCUACCCUUACAACUUCAGCAACUUGGCUGCUCUCCCAGUUGCUCUCAACAUGGUCCUACCUGAUGAAAAAGGUGGGGGAGCCCUUCCUUUCCUACCAGGGGUCUUUGGCUACGCAGUGAAUCCUCAAGCAGCGCCCCCUACUCCCCCAACUCCGCCUCCCCCAACUCUUCCUCCAUCAGUUCCCCCUAAGGGAGAAGGGGAAAGGGCAGGGGUUGAGAGAAACCAGAAGGGAGAUGUGGGGUGAGCUCUAGGGCCAGAUCCCCCUUUCACCAGAUGCCACCCUCCCUGAACCCCCUACCACUACCAGCUCCCUGGCUUCCUUGCCCUAGGGGUCCCGCCACACUCUUGUGCAGGGACUUGGGGGCCCCUGGAGCUCAGGAGUCAGGCUGCUUUGUGUGAGAUUGUAGUUUUCCCAUCUCCUGGGAAGGGAUCUUUGGUGGUUCCCCUCUCAAUCUUCCUCCAGGGAAUGGCCCCAUGAGGGGCAGGGCCAGCUCCCAUCCCUUCUCCAGCACUUGGGGCAACUGAGCAAUAUACUUAUUUGAAUUUCUACUCAUGGCCCCCACCAGCUCUGAAUGUCUAACCUGCUCCCCUAAUUCGUAGACCUAGGGGGAAACCAUCUCUCUCACUUAAUGAUCCCCACCUCGCUCUGAAGCUUUCUCUAAGUCCUUCCCCAGAUGCUUCCUAGAACAUUCCAUUCUUUGUGGCCCAGGGCCUGGACCAGACCAUUGUGAUACCUGACUCACCUGCCUGGGAGCAUGGCUUUGGAUUCCGUUCUUCCCAAGGGUGGGUCUCUCUAUCCCUAUUUCCUUCACAUUGAGAUGCCAUGCCUUCCUUGGCUUCCAUGCCUUUGGAUCUUCCAUGCUCCUUCCCAUACUCCUAGGCUUUGGAGGUGGCCUCGCCCAAUCCAGGUCAAGGAGGUAGUGACAGGACAGCUUAACCCUCUGUUCCAUGGCUGAGUACUCUUCCAACCCAGGCCAGGGAAAUCUUGGCCCUACCUUGACCCUCAAAUCCAGUGAGCUCCAGAUUCUUCCAAGGCAAAAGAGGUGAAGCGAUCACACCUCUUCAUGUCUUUUCAUAUGGCCUCUUCUGGGCUAAAUCAGAUUUGGGGGUCAAGAGGAGAGAGCUCCAUAUGGAAUGGAGAAAGGAAUCUACUUUCUCCCAGUUUUUCCCCUUUCCUGAUGGUUUCUCCCAGACUAGACCAAAUAGCCAGAAAAACGAUGGGGGUUGGAUGGGUGGGUAAGCCCAAGAUUUGCACAUGACCUUCCAUCCUUACCUUUCCCCCCAUCUUCCCUAGUGUUGCUCUCACCAAUCACUCCAGAUGGUUUUGGGGGAACCAUCCUACUUUCCUGGUGGGCUUUGGGGUAUCCCCACCAACUUUCCCUACAAAAGAGCACCUUACACCCCAUCUUUGACUCAGUUCCCCACACCCAAAGAUCCCAGCCUAGGGAUGGGGUACAGGGACCUUAAAUAGUCCCUAAUCCCUAAUUUGCACUAGUUAACCCUGGUCAGGGGUCGCUAUAUUUCCUUCCAGUGGGGGAGAAGACUGAAAUGUUUGUUUCUAAAGCUCUUUGAAAACAGGGCCUCCCUGCUCUGUGAUUGGAAGAACAUUUCUCUCUCUCCCCACCUUCCCCCUCCCCCAGAAAAAAACAGCUCACAAGGGGAGAACCAGUAUGGGGAAGCAGAUUUGAUAAAUGGGAAUUAGAGGAGUGUAGUUUAAAAAUGGGGAAAAGUUGCUAUCAAGAAAGCAGCUUUUCUUUCAGCUACUGUUUUUUGGGGCCAAGAUGGCUGCCCUCUCGGCAAUUGCCUAGAGGGCAAGAUCAUGGCUUUUAGAGGGAGGUGAAUCUGGAGAGCGCCAGGAUCAUCCUCCUGCCCCCUUUCCCUCCCAGCCUAUAGGAAGGGGGAGGUGUUGGACAGGCUCCCUGAAUGUUAACUGGGGAGGAGUCACUCCUUCUUUCCUCCUCUGUCUCUUUGCACUUUUCUUGGUCUUGGCCACAGUCUGAGUGAAGAAUUUCCUACUGAAUGUACCAAGUUCCAAUUUUUAACGGGGAAAACAUUUGAAACAGGGAAAAAUGCAAAAAAAAAAAAAAAAAAAAGUCACUAAAAAUUCCCACAAAUCGUUUCUGGCACUUUAGAAAAACUGCAAAAAAAUACAUAAUAAAGAAUACAUAUAUAUAUCUACACACAAAUUAUAUAUAUCUAUAUAUACAGCGGAACCACAAGAGAGACUGAGGAAGGCCUGGAGGCAGGGGACAGAUGUGAUGACAGUCCCCCUGUACCCUUCACCCACACUCCUCUGAGGCAAACAGGCACAGGAGAAUGGAAGGGGUUGAGGAUGGACCGGGGAAUUUGAAUUUCAGAAUAGGUCAAAAUUCCAAAACCCAUGGAUAUUGGAAGAAUUGUGAUUGUAAAGGUUUUUUUCUUUUUUUGAAAUGUGUAAGGAAAAUAGCUUAUAGAAUUUGGUGGUUCUGGGCAAUGAAUGAGAUUGUGGCAAAGUGGAGAUUAAAAUAUAUGUAUUUGAGUGGGAGAAUUUGAAUAUUGAGUUUCAGAUGUUGGAAAUUAGGGAUUUUGCAAUUUUGUCAUUUGAAAAUGAUCGAGUGUUGUCAGUUUUUGCCCUCUUUCCCCAUGUUCCCUGGGAAAAAGGUGAUGAUAGAAUGGGAAGGCCACCGGUUCUGUGCCACAGCACGUAAGAUUUAGAAUUCUACAGACUCUAGCUCUAUAUGUAGUGAGGACCCAGAUUUAGAGAAACUGACCAAUAUUUAUCUCCGCAUUUGUGUGUGUGUCCAACUCUCUAGGCCAAUAAACCAACAAGACAAAUGAA